AUGGGGCAAAAAUCGUUAAAUAAAAUGGCGGAUUGUCGGGCCCCGGGCAUUUUAAAUCUGAACUUGGAGGAAGAGAGCGAUCUGCUGACCAGCGGGAAGGAUCCCAGCGGCCUGGAAGAGGAGACGGACCUGGAAAUGGCUUACGAGGAGCUGGAGGGCAUGAAGCAGCGCCUAAUCCUGCUGCGCUCCCAGAUCCUGAGCCCAAAGCCUGAUAGGUGCCAGGAUAUGAAGGUGCAGGAGGACUUCAGGCCCGAGAGGCUGCAGCUCCAGGAACUGCGUCGCCGGAAGUGCGAGCUCAUCUGUCGGUUUCAGGAGGCAGAUCGGCAUCUGAAGGAUGUGCGACUGGAGCUCCAGGAGCUCGACGACUGGCGCUGCCUGCUCCAGUCCCGCAUCCUGCAGAUAAAACGCCAACUUGCCCAGUUCGAGAAUUUCAGGCCACGGGUCAUCCACCAGCUUGGUCUGUGCCUGGAGCGCUGGGAGCACCAGAAGACCCACAAAAUGGACUGCGCUGUGUUCCGGAAGGAAAUGGAGGCCCAGGUCCACAGCUCGGACAACUCCCGGAAGAGCGUGGUGUCACUGAAGUGCCACCAGCGCCACAGGCAGCAAAUCCGCCAGGAGCUGGCCAUGCUGCGGGUCUUCGUUCACAACCUCUUCGAGGCGAUGAUCAGCGACUUUCAGUUCUUCUGCCGCCAGCUGAGCAUCAACUUUACCCGCGACUCAAGGGGUAUUGACACCUCCCCCCGUUGUCCCGAAACUCCGAGCAACUCGGUCUGCUCCCUCGACCCCGAAGGCCGCGAAUAAAUUGGAUCUCCAGCAGUUACUGCCUCAAUUUACAUUUUAUUUCCCGGGGCCCUCUGUUUGUAAUUGCCCGGGAAAUGUCGCCCAAUUAGGGUUAUUGAGGUUCGGCGGCCCCAACGGCCCUUUUGUGGUGCCAAUAAUAAUUACAAAAUUCAACUCGAACGGAAAACGUGGCGGCCAUCGUUAAAGCCAGGCUAUCAUGGACUUUCCGGUUGCCUAAUCCGACUUUCGACGUCAGCCAAAUGUGCUCGCGUUCCCACCAGGAUAAGAUGGCUAAAUACGAAGCGGCAUCAGAUAAAAACAAAAGCAGAUUUGUCUUUCCCCAACCUCGCCAAAAAAACGAGGAAAUCCGCACCACACACUCGGAAAGAGAGUGGAGCUAAGCUGACUGCCUCGGGCUGAAGGCCAGCAGCCAAGGCUGAAAUCCUUAUCCUGCUCCAACUCCGAGUCCUGUCCCAGCUCCAUCUCCAAUCCCAGCUACUGCCCCCAUAUCCUUUUUGGAGGUUUUCGAAAUGCGUAAAAACUCAAUUGCUGCGCAUUUGACGGGGGGUUGGCGAUGCUCUGGGGCUCGGAGUCUGGAUCGACAUGGGUCCCGGGCUGAGUGAGAUGCUAGAUAACGCCGGGAUGGAAGGAAAACGAGGGGUAUGGUGAGGGGAAUGCGAAUGGUGCAAACGAAUUUAUUGGAGUCAUGUGCUAAUGCCAAUGCCGAAUUGCAAGGUUACAAGCGGGAAGCUAUUGCCAAUUUUACGACGAAUAUUCCAUACUCUGGUAAGGCUUCCAAUCUUAUAUGGUUUGUGGGAAACAUAACUAGAAAUAUCAAUGGUUUAUUACCAAUAUUAACAAUGAAAACUUUUAAUAUCACCUAGAGAACUGCUAAUAAAAUUUGAAUUACAUA